AUGAUCAAGAAAUUAUCUUUAAACUUUAUCUCCUCUGAACUUGAAUACUCCUUUAAGAAAUGGGUUAUUGAACAGAAUUAAUUCAUUUAUGAGACCACUCUUGCCACAAUAUCAGUUUAUCUUUUAAUCAAUCUAAUCAAUUACAAUAACGAUGUCAUUUGCAUCAUUACAACUUCAAUCAGUCUGUGUAUUGAAUUGACGAUACUUUUUUUCUAUUAGAAAUAUCCUUUGUAAAGGGAAUAAAUUCAAAGUUUGAAUCUCAUCAUCUACGCCAUUACAAUUGAUAUUUAUAUGAUUUAAAAUCAAGCUCAAGAUACCGUCACAGAAAUGGGGAUGCUGAAAUACAUAUUGUAUCUAUAAGGGAAUCGAUUUAGAAGCCAAACUUUGCUUUUUUUUCUCAGUUAUGGAGUGGAGGUGUCAAUCUCCGAUUGGAAUGUGGUUCCACAAAUAGUUCAUGGUUUGUUUAGACUCUUCGUCAUUUUCUGUCGUUACUAGGUCGAAAUGAAAAGAAGAUAACAUUAUUUGGCAUAUAGAUCUUAGAUUUAAUAUGAAAAUUUAAUUGAAGAACAAUUGCCAACUUGGGUAGUCUUGAUUAAACAUGACAAGUAAUAGGGUCAAUUGAAGAUCGACAAAAUUAAUAAAGUAAUGAGAGAGACCUUUAACAUAGUGUCUGAUCAAAAAUUCAGAGAGUUUCUGAGAGAUUCAAAUAUCUUGCCUUUGGAAAGACAACCUAAGAAACAAUUUAAUUUCGAAGAGCUUUUGAUGGAAGACUUGCUUGUAAAAUAGUAAUCGAAUCAAAUUAAAAAAUUUGAGGGCUGUUUUAUAAACAAUCAAAAAAAAUGGUAAUUUUAAAUCACCAAAAUCUACUUCAAUUCAAUAGAACCAACAAUAUUACUGUUAUUUAUAGAAUAAGGAGGCAACCAAUAUGAGUACUAUAAUCAUCAGCUCAAGUGGAGAGAUCAAUAAUUAGUCAAUCACAGCAAACAAUGUCUUAAUUAUAUUAAAGAUUAAAUCAACAUUCUCAAAUUCAUCAAGUUUCAAUCAAAUGCUGAUUAAUUGUUUCACCUAACCAAUUAAAUCUGCAAUAGUUAUAUUCUAUUCAACCAAAGUUUAAACAUACAUAAUAUUACUUAGAUUACAUACAAUAAAUUAAAAUAUAAAAUCAAUGAAUUUAAAUUAAAUGAUUUAGUGAAUCAAUUGAAGGAGGAUCUCAGAUUUACUAAUAACCAAUUAAAAUUGAAUAUCAUCUUGAAAACAGAUAGAUCGAAAAUGAUAUCCAUUAUCUUAAGUAUAACUGAGUUCAUCAAAAUCAUGUUGGCCAUCAUAAACAACGAUGAAAAACAAUUGUAUGACUGUCAUCCUUCAGGACAUCCGAUCUAGAUCAAAUUCAAAAGAAUCUAAAACAAGCCUGGAUACUUGAAGAUUAUUAUGAAACAUCAACUCCUCAAAAUACCACUUUAGAUUUAGGAGGCUUUGUCAAAAGCUUCUUCUUACACUGAUCAUAAGAAAAGGAAUUGGGGUGUCAAUCAUUAUUAUGAGAACAUUUAAAAUUUAAGCGAUCAGAUUCAUGAUUUGAAUUUGAAAACUCAGAAAGUUACAAAGAGCCAAAUAUCCAUCCAGGACCCUGAUUCAACUUUAUAACAACAACCCAAAGGAAUAAAUUUGAAAGGGAGUGCAGAGCCGUUUAGUACUUUAGGCUUGCCGUUAGCUUAAUACUUGAUCAGUUAAAUAGGACCCAAUAAUCAAAUCAGUUUUAAAGACAUUUAAUAAUAAAAUAUGGGGGAUUCUUUGUCCUUUCGAAAUUCAACUCCAUAAACCAAGAUCAGUUUUGUAAUUUAUGAAGAUUUGAAUGAUUUUAUAUAUCAAUUGAAUGAGCAAGAACCCAACCCCUAUUUAGACUGCUUUUGUUCAAAUGAAGUCUAGCAAUCAACUUUUAAGACAUUCCAUAGUUUAUCUCCUUCACAUAAACCAAAAAGAGGAAGCUUGUAAUCAUUAAUAAAUACUCAAUUGAAUUGA